CAGGCAACCUGGUCAGAAGAAGCAGCUGAGAUCCUGCUCCUGGACAGAGCUCCCUUUAUGAACCUAGUACAUUAUCUGUGCCAAUAGGACUGCAGCUUACCCAGGGGCAUCUGCCAAGCAUUUGUACAGUGGAAUCCCCAAAGAACACUGACUCUACAUCAGACGCAUAGAAACAGCAAACCAUAUUCACUAUGAGUUCAGCCAUGAACUGGAUUCUGUCUCUUGGACUCUUCUUUCUUCUGAAGGAACAGUGUUACUGCAUCUUUGCACCAAAUUCAACUUUUUUGGAAAAUCUUCUCAAUAAAUAUAAAGAUACAACCCCACAUUCUAGAACCAGAAGAGCAAUUUUAAGGACAGACAAGGAAGAGAUAAUACAACUCCAUAACAAACUAAGAGGCCAGGUCCAUCCUUCUGCUUCUAAUAUGGAGUACAUGACCUGGGAUGAUGAGCUGGAGAAAUCUGCUGAGGCCUGGGCAGAGGAGUGUAUCUGGGAGCAUGGGCCUACUGCCUUACUCAUGUCAAUUGGACAAAACCUUGCAGUACAUUGGGGCAGAUAUCGACAACCUGCAUAUCAUGUCCAGUCCUGGUAUGAUGAAGUUAAGGACUAUACAUACCCAUACCCCCAUGAAUGUAAUCCCUAUUGCCCUGAACGCUGCUCUGGACCUAUGUGCACUCACUAUACACAGAUUGUGUGGGCCACAACCACCAAAGUUGGCUGUGCUGUGAAUGUAUGCAAAAGGAUGAAUGUCUGGGGAGAUAUUUGGGAGAACGCUGUAUACCUUGUCUGCAACUACUCUCCAAAGGGUAACUGGAUCGGUGAAGCUCCUUACAAGAAUGGGAGGCCAUGCUCAGAAUGCCCACCUAGCUACGGUGGCAACUGUCAGAACAAUCUCUGUUACAAAGGUGAUAAACAUUAUGGAAGAGAGAAAACAGAUGAGACUAAUGAAGUCGAAGAACCACCCGUUUGGGUCCAUGAAAAGAUCGACAAACCCAAAGCAGUGCCAAAAACCACACAAACGUCCACAGAAAACUUAAUGACUCAAGUCAUCAAAUGUGCAACGAAAAUGAGGGACAGUUGCAAAGGAUCCACCUGUAACAGAUAUAAGUGUCCUCCUGGUUGUAUAAAUAGUAAAGCUAAAGUGUUUGGGACCCUUUUUUAUGAUAGCAUGUCAAGCAUAUGCCGUGCAGCUAUUCAUUAUGGGGUAAUUGAUAACAGUGGAGGCCUGGUGGAUAUAACAAGAAAAGGGAGGCUUCAGUUCUUUGUGAAGUCCACUAGAAACAGUGUUGAAUCAAUUAGUAAAUUCAAGCCAGCAAAUUCUUUCAUGGUUUCAAAAGUUUCAGCUCAGACCAUUGACUGUUACACAACAGUAGCUGAAAUAUGUCAGUUUGUAAAGCCAGCAACACAUUGCCCUAGAUUUAACUGUCCAGCGCACUGUAAGAAUGAGCCUUCAUAUUGGGCACCGGUAAUUGGCACAAAUAUUUAUGCAGAUAGCUCCAGUAUCUGUAAAACAGCUGUGCAUGCUGGAGUGAUCAAAGAUGGAGAAGGAGGCUAUGUUGAUGUCAUGCCAGUGGAAAAGAAAAAACAUUAUUUUGGCUCCAACAAAAAUGGGAUCCAAUCAGACAGCAUCCAAAACCACAAGGAAGGUCAAGCUUUCCGGAUCUUUGCAGUAAAGCAGUAACAAAUGGGGUUGAAUAAUAUCAGUUGAACAUAACGUCUCAGAAGGAUAGAAAGAAACCAUGAGUAAUACAUGUCUGAAAAUUCAGGCUCUUCAUGGAACAGAGAACCACCAGCAACAACUCUUUUCCUCUUCACCAUGGAUUCUUAUGUCCACUAGAGAAACUUUUAGGGACACAGACUAUUCAGACUUUUUCAGCCAUUUUUGCUUUUAUCAGAAAAAAAACUCUAUUGUUAUUUAUGCCCUCAGGCAUUGGCAAGUAAAAAGGUGUCAUUUAACGCCAUGUUAACUAAAAGUGGGACAAGACUGCUGGCUAGUGCAUACAGCCAAAUGCAGGCAGGAACAUUUCCUACUCAUAAAUCAGCAGUAUUAUGUAAUAACAUGGGUCUGCGUUCCUUCCAAAACACUAUUAAGUAAUAUGGGCAAUUAUUCUCAUGCAAUUCCAGAUUGUUUUGUUGGCAAAACACUAAGAUUUUCUUUGUUAAAAGAAAUGUUGAUAUUUCUGCUGGACUCUUUUUUUUCCAAUUUUGUAUAUAAAUGACUUUUUUUUAAAGUUUUGUACUUUUUUUAAUUGUUACUAUUGUUAUUAUUAUUAUUAUUAUUAUUAUUUUGAACAGUUUAAAAAUAUACAGCUGAGCUGGUUUAUCAGUAAUAUCUAUAUUUUAAUAUUUAGGGGUUUCAUUUUUAACUUACCUUUGUUUAUAUAUUUUUGUACAUUAGUGUUUGUUUGGCAUACAGAAGGGGGGCAUGCAAAAUUUAACAAAUAAAUGUAAAUAAUUCGCACAAUAAACAAAGCGCAUUGCUAGUGAAAAAAUACACUUUUUCAUUGUGAUCAGCAAACUGAAGGCUUGUUUAAAUAGAUUAAAAAUAUAUAAUAUUUACUUUUAAAAAGCAUUGAUGCUUUAAUUUAUCAGCAACUUCUACCCAUUCAGUAUUUGCUGUGUGUAUAAAAGGCAUUGGCCAACAACUGGAUAUGUAAGCAAUGUCACAAAGUUUGCACCAAGUCUAAUAAACCACAGAAACCAAUUUACAGAUAGCAUUAAAUACACAGAUAUAGUUGGCUGCUAUUGGCUGCUAGACAUGGUCAGGUCCGUUUGGUGACAUCACUAGACUGUUGGUAACAUGUAAGAAAUAUACUUUCUACGUUAAUGGCAGGGUGGUAAAAGGGACUUUGAGGAGACCAACUAUGUUGUAUUUAUAUAAAGCUAUAGCCUGUUCUUCAAAACAAAAUGCUUCUAUCAAUGUGUGCUGAAAGUUGCACUUCAAGAAAAACUAAUUGGCCACAGUUUGGUAACAUUUACUAAUUAAUGCAUUAACCAAAUAUUAAUGUUUAAUGUUGCCUUCUUGCCCUCUUAUCUCUAUCUAGAUAUGUUUUACCUGCUAUGUUUUGUUCUUCCUACUUUCAUUUGCAGCUCUGUGAGACCCAGGCAGUUGUUACAAUUUGUUGUGCUCUCUAUAGAAACUCUACAGGAAGUAAAGGCCAAGUUUAUUGUUUAAUGUUUAAUAUUAAUAUAUUCAUUAAACAUCAUUUUUGAAGCUGAUUGGUACUGUACAAAUUAUAUUCACUGUUGAACUGUAGUACAGAGUAUAUGUGGGAAGAUUAACAAAUAGGAAAUAAAUGGCUGUAGUUUCUAGUCAAUAGUAAGAUGUUAUCCAUAAGGAAAUAAAAAUAAAUACUGUUACCAGUUCCUUAAACUGAACAAUUAAUUGCAGAUGCUUAAUAACUGACAUACUGUAAGGAAUACCAUGGUAGUUAUUUCCCAGAGUCACCAUGAGUUGCUGUGUUUACAGGGCAUGGACUGCUCAUAUAGGGAUUCUUCACACCCCUGUUCAAGAAAAUUAUAAAAAUGCUGCCAGUAUACUAUAUAAUAGUAAAAAGGUAUAAUGUAUGAUUUUUUUUAUUUGCCCUGUUCUUCAUUAAUUAACUCCUUCAUUUCUUAUAUAUAAUCUCUUAUAACUCAGGUCUAGAAACCCAUAGCCAAUCAGAUCUGUUUUGACUAGUAAAUACUCCUCUGUGCUUGGCUUCUUAAAUAUUAGGGAUGCACCCAAUCCAUUAUUUAUUUUACUUUCAUGUUCAUGUAACCAAAAGUCACGUGAUUUUCAGGACUUGGAUUCGGUUCAGCCUGAUGCUUGGAUUUGGCAUAAUCCAAAUCCUGCUGAAAAAGGCAGAAUCUUUGUCUAAUCCCGGGCUGAAUCCUGGAUUCAGUGCAUCCCUAUAAAAUAAUAGACAUGGAGCACAUUUUGCUCCUGUUAUUACAUUACCCUAAAUCUCAGUGGUUUAAACUAGCCCAACCUAAGCCUUCUAUUCCUUGGACAACCAUUCUAUGGCAUGGCCACUAAUUUGGGUUUUUGCUCUUGCACCUAUGUUAAAGUUAGGAUAUAAAUUAGCUGCACAGAAAGCAGUCUAUGUUUUGAUUUCCCUUUUAGAAACAAGCAGUGAAACAUGAACUGCCCUCCCUCUCCAUGAUAUUGAAGUCCUGCCAUACAAAUCUUACAAUUAGCCUUCAGUUUAUUGCAAAUGCCACGCUCUGUUGUAUCAGCAAUCAUGUUGGCUACCUCAGCCUGAAGUUUCUGUUUUUAGAUGUUUGCUUUGUCUAUUAAAUGUGUCAAAAAUGUAUAUUUUUCUUUGCAUGAAUCUUUAGUUCUAAUAUAUCAUACAUUGUAUGACUGAAGUAUAUGUAGCUUUGUGUCAACAAUGGCAAAAUAAAGAUGAUUUCAAAGAAA